AAAUGGCUACUAGAAAAAUGUGAGGACUUAUUCAGAGUGAGGCCUAGCCAUGUGCUAACGGUGACAGGAAUCUAGAAUUGGACAGUGGAGGAAAGCAAGUGAUCUCAAGUAGUCCAAUAAGAAAGACUUAUCCUUUGGACAUCACAUGUCCCUUUUCCCCAUCCAAGUUUAAUCCCCUAAUAAAAACCACAAAAACAAGUAAGAGACCGUUCAUUGACUGGAGAAAGUGUGCCUAAUAUGGAUGUCUGACUAAGCAGGGUGAUGUGUGGAUGCUGAAACACACCGCGACCCCACGGGGGCACCACUACACCCACCCAAGAUGUGAUCACCUCUCUGUGUUUUGCUGCACACUGUGCUCUCUAUGUGUUCUGUGUGAUCUCUUUUCUUCUAUAGGAGGGGCCAUCAAACCUGUGGUGACCUUCACACCCAACUGGGGGAAUAUAUUAUACUUUGAUGAUGUGACUAUAACAUGUGAUGUGCUGUCUACUGAGGAGCCCCGGACCUAUCACUGGUACAAAGAUAAGAGACUGAUAGAAAGAGAUCAACAGAGACUUCAUAUCAUUGGAUCUUCAGUAGAGGAGGACAGAGGAGAUUACCAGUGUCAGACCAUCGGUGGUGAUAUCAGUGAUCCCGUCUUCCUAAAUGUUACAAUAAAUUAUGUCAUCCUGCAGAGACCCCUAUCUGCCAUCUAUGAAGGAGACCCCCUGACUCUGAGAUGUCAUCAUAUAAAAGAUUUGGAUGCAAUAAACACAACAUUCUACAAGGAUGAUCAGGAGAUAAAAUCAUCAGAAUCUGACUCCACAUUCCAUAUUCCUAAUAUAAGGAGGAGUCAGUCUGGACUCUACAAAUGUACUAAAAGAAUACACCGCUAUGAUAGAUCAAUUGUGCGAGAGUUCUCAGAUGUCUCCUUUAUCUCUGUGAAAGAGAUCUUCUCUCCUCCAGAAAUAAAAGUGACCCCGUCCAGGGUAAUAGAAGGAGGUGAGAUGACGGUGAGAUGUGACACCAGACUGGAUCCACUCAGAGGCGGCACAGAGCUGCACUUUGCCUUCUACAGAGAUGGACGGACUGUGCGGGGAUACAAUGUAUCUGAUACAUACAGAGUGCGGUCAUCUCAGCUGGAGGAUUCUGGGAAAUAUACCUGUGAAGUGAGGACGACGUCUGACACUGUGAGGAAGAUGAGUGAUGGGAUCCAUAUCCAGAUAACGCAGAAAUAUGAUUACACGGUGCAGAAUAUAAUACGACUGGUGAUCUCUGGAAUUGUAUUAUCUGCUGCUGUAUGUUUCAUCUACUUCCACAACAAGUGGUAGAGAAGAAGAGGAAGAA